AUGCCUAACAUCGGCGUUAACACUGUCUCAUCAAAGCUGCAGCUCCCAGUUCCGUUCGUGCCUACUCAUCAAAGGCUGACGAGUCAAGACUACUUCAGAGUAUUUCAAUACACUCCCUUCGAUGAUCUCCCCCAGCAGCUCAUACCUUUACGGAGUCACCUCAUGAGAGCACCCCUCAUGCACUGCGGAUGGACGAUGGAUCGACUCUGGAAAUAUGCCGAGGACAACGGCUUUGUGCACUCCACAGCUACCGAAGUCUUCUCCGAAGAAGAAUUGGAUGGCGAAGAGCCCCCUCCGAUCUCUGAGUCCUUCGUCAUCGAUGAAGGACAGUGCAUGUACAACGCUCUAGAGGAUCUUGCCGCGAAACAUGAUAUGGAGGAUAUCCUGGAUUUUAUACGCAUCGAACGCAUCGUUAGAGAUGGCAAGGGAGGCUUCAUCUCGCUCUAUACAAAUUACACUCGAAAGCGGGCUCCACCCGCAGAGGUAAUCGAGAGGCUGCGAAUCGCAUUGGGCGAAGAAGAAGGGCCGAAAUGGUAUUUGGAUUCAUUUCGGUGGCACUGGGAACCGAAGCCAGUUCUAUCAUUCGGUGGGAAGUCUUCUGGACGUUGGCGCCAGAUUGACUUGCACUUUUGGUAUGUCACGUUGGGAAAACUCCGGCUGGCGCCUCAGCUGAGCGAUAAGUGUUAUUCACCUUCAUCCCGAUCCAAGGAUCGCCCAAACCAUAAUAACAUCCAGAUGCGCACCAGCAGGUAG